UCCUGCUCUGGAGCUGCUAAUGAAUAACGCAUCUUACCACCCCUCCCAGGGCGCCGUCUCAGGCCUGGGUGCUUCGACAACCCUGAGGUUCAGGGGACAUUCCUCAGCAGUUACUUAGCUGGGUGAUGGGAAAAAAAAAAUGCAGCCUAAUUGGCUAGUGGCCUUUUCUAGUGAAUGAAGGUUUCUGUUUUAAGAAGUAAAGUGACUUCUCAGAGGCUGUUGAUUCACUGCCCACAGGGAGAUUUUUGAGCAGAGGCUUCCUAGCCUCGGUAGAAAUUUGCAUACAGCUUCCACUUCCUGCUUCGGAGCCUGUUCCACGGCUUACCUGGGCCGGGAGAGGGUGGAGAGAAGAAGAGAGAGAGUGUGACCACCCGUGGCCGGCCUGUCUGUCCUUGGCGGCUCUAAGACACUAGAAUGAACCGAAGCAUUCCUGUGGAGGUGGAUGAAUCAGAACCAUAUCCAAGUCAGUUGCUGAAACCCCCCUCAGAAUAUUCCCUGGCAGAGGAGUCAGAACCGCCUGCUCCAGGUGCAAGGAACAUGGCACCUAACAACUUGUCUGCAUCCCCAACUGCUCGGCCUUCCUCCAGAGACUUUCCUCAGGCUCACCCACCCCUGCAACUAUCAAAUCUCCAGCAGCCUGUGUCCCCGAGGGUCACCCAACUGCGCGCUAAAGUCUUGGCAGAGAGUGAAGACAGCUUGUGGAGGAGACACCCGGGUCCCAGCAAAGACUUCCCCUCAGGCUUCUCUGCAGCCAGGGAGCCCGAGACUCAGUCUGUGGCUGGAGCCCUCCCCCAGGAGCAUCAGUUUUCCCUUACAGAAAAGCAUAAUCAAUGGCUGGGAUCUUGGCUCUCAGCAACUUCCCCGGACACUGGCCAUGACUCUGACAAAUCCGACCAAAGUGUACCUAAUGCCUCAGCAGACCCCCAAAGUGGUAGCCGGGAGAUGGUGCCCCGGCCGCAUAGGAGCCGAGCAGCCCCAGACCCACCUACAAUAGACACGGGAUAUGAUUCACAGCCGCAGGACGUCCUGGGCAUCAGGCAACUGGAAAGGCCCCUACCCCUCACCUCCGUGUGUUACCUCCAGGACCUCCCCAGACCGCUCAGAUCCAGGGAGUUCCAUCAGUGUGAACCUCAGAGAUACCCAGCGUGGGCACAGAUGUUGCCCCCUGAGCCCUCCGUGCAAGCUCAGUGGAAUUAUCACUACUAUUGUCCUGGAGACCCUGACCACCAAGUGCCAUAUGGCCAUGACUACCCUCGAGCGGCCUACCAGCAAGUGAUCCAGCCAGCUCUACCUGGGCAGGCCCCACCUGGAGCCCAUGUGAGAGGCCUGCACCCUGUGCAGAAGGUCAUCCUGAGUUUUCCCAGCCCCUGGGACCAAGAAGAGAGGCCUCCACAGAGAAACUACUCUCCCCCAGGUCUCCCCAGGUAUCAGGACCAGCUGUAUAACCCGCCACCUAAUAGAGGUGGAGCUCCUGAGGGGUCCUUGGAGUGUCCUGCCGAGUUGAGGCCACAGGAUCCCCAGGCUCCUUCGCCAGCUGCUGUCCCUAGACCCCCGAGUCACCCUCCAGCCAGAGGAACUCUGAAAACAAGCAAUUUGCCAGAAGAAUUGCGGAAAGUCUUUAUCACUUAUUCUAUGGACACAGCCAUGGAGGUGGUGAAAUUUGUGAACUUUUUGUUGGUAAACGGCUUCCAAACCGCGAUUGACAUAUUUGAAGAUAGAAUCCGAGGCAUUGAUAUCAUUAAGUGGAUGGAACGCUACCUUAGGGAUAAGACAGUGAUGAUAAUCGUAGCAAUCAGCCCCAAAUACAAACAGGAUGUGGAAGGCGCUGAGUCGCAGCUGGACGAGGAUGAACAUGGCUUACAUACUAAGUACAUUCAUCGAAUGAUUUCUCAGUUAUAAAAUUCAGUUGGAAGAUGAGAUAGUUGGGAACACAUAAUUCCUCAUCUCCUUCGUCAUCAGAUGACUGAAAGCUUUGUGCUGGUCACAGGAUUCGGAAGACUCUUAACUCCUCUCAUGCUGAAAUAUCUGGUUUUGAUCGAGUUUUUGGCAGCUAAGUCUUUUUGGGGGCCGCUGCUGUGUCAGAGUAAAUUGGAGGUGGUGUGGGGAACCUAAAGCUUGGCAGAUGGAGCUCAUCUUAUUGACCUCUAGCUUCGCUUCCCUCACCCUCCCUGGCCCCCCUGCAUUUCUAACCAGUCCCAGCCCCCAAACAUUCCUUCACACCUCCAGACAUUUGCUCAUAUACUGUUUCCUUUGCUGAGGCUGUCCUUCCCCCACCUCACUCCAUUUUCCCUACCUGAGCAAAUUCUUCUUUUCUUUUAGUAUCCAAAUGACACCCCCCUUGUAACUCCUUCAAACCACUGAUGUAGAAAAGGAUGGCCCCCACUGGGCUACCACGGCAAUUUGUUUAUACUUUUCACGCUGCACUGUGGUCAGUAGUUUUCCUUUCUGCCUGCUCAGUAAGCUGCUGGCUUAAUAGCUGUGGUACCUGGUAAACUGGUCCUCAAAAAAAAAAAAAAAAGGAGGGGGAAUCCUGAUUUGUAGCAUUUGUCCAUUUCCAUGGUACAAAUACACUCACAGGGCCGACUUCAAACCACCACUGUGAAGUCACUGAACACAGACUUGGGAAGAGAUACACAUGAGUGGCUUCUGUGAACUGCUGUGCGGCAGCUCAGAAUACCCUGGAAAGUAUCCUAGUCCUUGAAACCCCAAGUCUAACACAGAGCUUGACUCUUAACAGGCUUUCAGUACAUGAUUGAUCAAUGAGCAAAAGGCGUGGAUGUGUGAUGGACAGUUUAAAAUUAGGAGUGUGUGGUGCUGACGGAAAUCAGAACAAAAAUCCUGUGUGGACUUGCAUGAUUGUGAGAACCAUUAAUUUCUCAUCCUCAGUCCUGAAAUUAAACCUUUAAGUGUGUUCUG